AGCGACAUCCCGGGUUUUGUUUUGUUGUUUUUGGAGGGGCAACUGCAACGAGUGCCGAUUCAACAUGACACAAUGCGCCGGUAUUUUUCCUCUCAAACUGUUGUUCCUUGAUGGGUCCGAUCAAAGUGGUGGAUUUCCCCAAGUGGCGCUUUGAUGCCCGCUCCACCAUGGGACGGGGUGCCGUGGUACUUGAAGGAGAGGCAUCCCGAGGAAGUGCAGUGACGGCGGUGCAGUGAGCGCCCUCCACCUGCUUUUGAUGCCUCCUCCGAUGUGGAGCUUGUCGCUGUCCGACGCGCGAGAGGUGCUGAAAUUUGGAUGAUGCCUGUUCUGCGUCUGCAAGGCUGCCGCUCCUUGCACUUGAACGAGGACAACGGCCGCUUUGUGCUGCUCGCUCUCCUCAUCAUCCUCUACCUGCUGUGCGGCGCUGCGGUCUUCUCGGCCAUCGAGAGGCCCUCCGAGCUGCGGGCCCACGGUCGCUGGAACGGGACGCUCCACAACUUCAGCGAGACCUUCAACAUCAGCCUAGAGGAGCUUAACUCUUUCCUGCGGGAGUACGAGGCUGCCAUCGCCGCUGGGAUCCGGGCUGACGCUCUUAGACCGAGAUGGGAUUUUACGGGGGCUUUUUAUUUUGUUGGAACUGUGGUGUCAACAAUAGGUUUCGGGAUGACAACGCCUGUGACCAUUGCAGGAAAAGUGUUCUUGAUAUUCUAUGGGCUCCUGGGCUGUGCUGCCACCAUCCUCUUCUUUAAUCUCUUCCUGGAGCGCAUAAUAACACUGCUGGCCGUUGUCAUGAAAGCUGUGAGGGAGAGGCGCAUCAGAAACAGUGGCCUCCUCCCACCGGGGGUUCAGAGGGACUUCUCGGCUUUCUGCCUACCGGGGUGGAAACCCUCCGUCUACCAUGUGAUGCUAAUUCUAGGCCUAUCAGCUAUCACCAUCUCUUGCUGUGCUUCGGCUAUGUACACCCCAGUGGAGGGCUGGAACUACUUAGAUUCACUGUACUUCUGCUUCGUGACCUUCAGUACCAUUGGCUUUGGAGACUUUGUUAGCAGUCAAAAUGCAGUUUAUGAAUACCAAGGUCUCUACCGGGUGGCCAAUUUCCUCUUCUUGUUAACAGGAGUGUGCUGCAUCUACUCGCUCUUUAACGUCAUCUCAAUUGUGAUAAAGCAAGUGCUCAACUGGAUGCUGGAGAAGAUGAGCUGCUUGUUUUGUCAGCGUUGCAAUAAGGCCAGCACCUUCCUGGGGAGACGCAACGCCAUCCGACCAGGUUCAAAGGGACGCCAUUCGCCUUACCCGGAUGGACCGUGUGACAGUGACACCGAGGGUCGCAGACUGUCCGGAGAGAUGAUCUCCAUGAAAGACUUGGCAGCUUCCAACAAGGUGUCACUGGCUAUCAUGCAGAAGCAGCUAUCUGAGUCGGCCAACGGGUAUCCCAGAACAGUUUGUGGCAGCUCACGCCAUAACGGUUUCUCUGGGGGAGUGGGUGCCCUUGGAAUCAUGAACAACAGACUAGCUGAGACCAGUAACUCCAGAUAAAGAUGAGGAAGACCUCUGGAGCAGAUACAGUUGAGGAAAUGCAUAUUAAACCUCAUUACACAAGACAGUAUGGAUUAUUGUGGUUCAAAUUUCUGCUGUGAUGAUAGGGAUCCUUGACUAUUAGAUGUUGAUGGCAAGAGAAAUCAAGCAGCAGGUUGAAUGACUCUGAAUGAGUGACAUCUACCAAACAUCCUAAAUGAAAUCUGCACGCUCUGUUUAUGAGACUGAAAUUUAUUUUAGAGCUAAGGGAAGCAUAUGGACCAACCUCUAUUGUUUUUGUAUGUGUGUAUAUAUAAAUAUAUAUGACGGAAAACACUCAGCUGACUUGAAGUUCUGCUCUGAGACCCCCAAUUUGGCCAAAUUUCAAAAUUAUCCAAUAUGCAUGUGUGAUUCAGUACAUUAUUGGAAAGCUUAAAAUCUCUAUUUUCUGGGGGAAGAAAAUUUUGAACAUGACGGCAUUUUUGACACCUUAAAAGUACGUUAAAUCCAGUGAGUGAAAAAUUGGGGAAAUUUUAGGGGUUAAAUUCCAAUACCAUAAUAUUUUAAUUUUUGCUGUGGGCUUUUAAAAUAUUUUUUCAUUUAUGAUUAAAGAACGCGAAUGCAGGAUAAUGAGAAUAAAAGGCUCCAUAUGCAUAAAGGGAACAUAUAAAUGUGAAUACAUAACACUACCUAUUCAUUGUAUUUUGCCUUGAAGCCUAGGGCUUUACGAUUUAAGCAUCUAAUUAAUCUAAUACAUCGAUAUCAUCCCAUAAGUAAUCCAAACGGCAACAAAGGUCAAAAAGAUCAUUGACAGCAUGCUAGUCAGUUAGCCUGCUAUGUCCAUAAUUCUUUUUGUGGCUUUCCAGUAACUUGAAGUGAGAGCAUGAGAGAGCAUAAUUAAAGACAUCAGGAUUUUAACGAGAUAUCACGUACUUACCUUGUUUCGACCCUAAAACUUUUGUGUAGCAUGUAUCACCGAGGGUCAAGACAUAGCUGUGAAUGGCCACAGCCAGACUUUGCAGGGAUUUUAUGGGUGAAAUGCGAUAAUAUAACAAGGGUCGUGAUGCAGAGUUCACAGACAACAAGGAGUGGUCGAGAUUUUCUUUUUCAAAUAUUUACCCUUUUAAAAAAAAAUUUUUUUUUUGUUUGGAUGGAUUAUUUAUCAUCUAAAAUAUGGGGGGAAAUUUGACAGUAACAAAAAAUAUAUAAUUAAGUGAUAGUUAUGAGGUAGAUAUCAGUGACCUAUUUACACUGUUUUCUCAUUGUGACGUAAUUUGUUUAAAAUUUUAAACCAUGCGAGUGAAUAUUUCUUUAAGUAAAUAUUAGACAUCAAUAAGCUAAAAAUGAUAGACAUUUCGAAUAAUAAAUAUAAUUAAUUACCUUCUUUUUUUGGCUGGGUUGAAACAAAAGUGGUUGCGCGACGUCUGUAAACGAGGGUCUCCAGGGUAAAACUGACUAAUUAAAAAUCGUCUAGGUUGCAUAAUCCGACAUGAAACUGCUUUGGCACCAUUUAGACAUUUGUUCUAUCAAACACAACAGUUCUUUUUUAUUUUAAAGAGGGGUGUAGGAGCAGAAACUUAAAUUUAGCUAUAAAUAUACGAGUGAAUAAUUUUUUUUAAUCGUUUUUUUUUUUUUAACUAAAUCUUAGACAUCAAUUAAUGAUUCUAAGUUAAAAAUGAAAGGCAUUUCAAAUAAUAAAUAUGAUUUCUUACCUUCUUUUUAUGGCUGGGUUUAAACAAAACCCAUUGCGCUGUGUGUGUAAACGGAGGUCUCCAGGGUAAAAUGGACAAAUUAAAAACAGUCCGGGAGCAUAAUGCGCCAUGAAACUGCUAUGGCAGCAUAUAGACAUAUUGUUCUAUCAAACACAACAGUUGUUUUGGCUUAAAAUCCAGCAGUUUAUUUUAAAGAGGGGUGCAAGAGCAGAAACUGUUUUUUCAGCCUUGUCUGUGUUUUCCGCCAUAUUUAGAGAGAGCGAGUAUACAUAUAUGAAUGUUCAUAAUCAGUGGUGAUAUUAACAUUUAAAACAGCAUAUAAUCACUGGAUGAUACAGCACAUAUACCAAUCUAUGCAUUCUACAUCUCAUGCGUUAUUUUUGCACCUUCUGUCUAUACUUUCUCUUGGCUUUUAGGUAUUAUGUUGACAUAAUAGUGACAGGAAAGUAAUUUCUAACCACGAUGUAGCAGAUUUGUCGGGAUGCUAUGGAAGAGGCUUACUGGGCCUUACACCAACAGCCAACAAAGAGACAUCUUGCUUUUCUCUCUUGCUGAAAAAAAAAACUGGUUUUAAAGAGUGAAAGUCCAAUUCUCAAGAGAGUCAACAGCCUUCUUAUCAGCUCUAAACACGCUUCUGCGGCCAGAGACUUUGACUUGAAGGGUAAGAGAGGCACCUUCCCUCUCUCCUCUCACGGUUGUAUGUGGCAAGAAAAACAGAUGUUAAGACUUGGAAUGUAUUAAGCAAUCUUUGUACUGAGGAAAUGCACUUGUAAAAAAAGAAUAAAUGAGAUUUAAAUUUGUUUGUUUGAAGGGGAUAAUGAGAAAGGAAGUAGCAGGCACAUUAUAUGUUGAAUGAUGCAGAUUGAAAGAAGCUGGGCAAGUCUAAAGUGGGAAACAAAACCUUGAAGGAUUCUCUUCCUUGCAUUGAUUUCUCUUUUUCUGGGUAUUUGCAGUUUUCGUCAAGGGAGGUAUCAUUACAGAUUCAUGCUCCUCUCUCUCUCCCUCUUUUCUCCCUCACUGUCUCUCUCUCACUAAAACAAUGAUGACCCAAAAGCCUGCAGAGCUUGAUUUUCUUGCUGAUUUCAGUGUAAAUCUGCUGGUGGGGAUUAAUGGCUCAGAGUGUUUGGAGAGUAUAUUGUGCCGUCUUGUCAGACUUCACGAUCAAUGUCCUUAUUGCCGGCAAGUGUCUUUUCCGAGGCAUCUGUGAUUUAAAGCUGCGCGAUUAUGUUUGAUGUCCGCAUACAGAUACAGAGAAGGCUGACAGAAAAAAGGGGAUGUGGUGAUAGUACCAGGGGCGAUAGUGUUCAUAAUAGCAGUAAAAGAUUCUUGUCAGAUCCAGAUUCAUGACCACUGCAAAUCAAAAGCCAAAGGGUUGUUUUUUUUUCCUCCACACCUUAGCUCCAUGACAUCCUUGGCCACAUGCAUUGCAAUAAUCAUUUUCCCUCACAACGCCAUAACUACCCUAACGUCCUUAUCUUAGUUCUCCCCUGAUACUUAUCUGCCUCACUUGGAGUAUUGGAGCAUUUAUUGGAUCUACGGUUGAUCGUCCAUGAGCACAUUUCACAACAUGAUGAGAUUUAACAUUGAUAUGAGCAUCUGAAUAAAACUUUUAAAAAUGUAAUGUUGCAUUUAAAAAUUUCUGUCUAAUCUAAAGGCUACAAAAGGUUUGGAUGAAACCUUCUUUGUUACUGAAGCAUUUGCACGGGUACCAAAUGUGGUACAAAUUAUAUGACACAAAAGCUGUAUGUAUCAUGGGACCUCUUAGAUUAUUUAUUUGUGUGUUUAUUUAUUUUUUAUUUUUUUUAAUUUGUAUCUGUCCUUUCUAGCUGCUUGAACACACAGAACGGUGAAUGUGGAUGCCUUGAACUGCUAGAGUUUCGAUGACUCCUCUUGUAGUCGUGCACCCGACUAUAAGCCGCCACCCACCAAAUGUGACACGAAAACAGCAUUGGUUUAUAGAUAAGCCGCACUGGAUUAUAAAUGGCAGCUGUCCCUACUGAAUCAUGGGAUAAUUACACCAAAAGAUUUUUAACGGGUAACACUUUAUUGGACAUCGGCGUCAUAAGACUGUCAUGAGACCAAAUAAACCACCAUGAAGCAUAAUUGCUUCAAGAAGCUUCAUUUGGCCAUCACUGCUCCCUUUGGGGAUACAGUCAACCUCUGCUUCCACCUGUUUUCAACACUGUUAUCGUCCAACAUGCCUCCUAGCAUGCAUUACAGCGCGACAGAUUUAAAUUAAAAUAAUGAAAAUUCAUGUUCCAUGCUAAUUAUUUCUUCAGUUACUGUUCUAGUUGUUUCUUUAAUUGCAGGCUAUGGUAAUUGAUAACACUUUACUUGACAGUGGUGCCAUAAGACCGUCAUAACUAUGACAUGACACUGCCAUUAGCAUUAAUGAAUGCUUAUGACAAAUGUCAUUUUGUGUCAUCGGCAAAUUACCGAGCGGGACCUAAAUGGAGUUAGUGACAUAUUUUGCCAGAUGAAACUAAAUGACAAUCGUCAUAAGCAUUCAUUAAUGCCCAUGAUAGUGUCAUGUCAUCACUAUGACGGUCUUAUGGCAGUGUAAUGACACCACUGUGGUGCGUUCAGGUACAGCAUGCAAAACACGUCCGCCACACUGAUUCCUUACAUGAUUACAGGAACUAUUCUGAUUUUUAUUUAUAAUGUAUAUGCUUUGCUAUGUUUUUUGCCAUUUGUAAUGGUACCAGCAAUAUUUAUUAAGGAUUUAGUGUAGGUUUUCGGGCCGUGAAACAAAUUGAUGAAAUUAAUAAUGUAUUCUUAUGGGAAAAUCCUUCUCGACAUACGGCAAUUUCGACUUACAAACAAGGUCCUGGAAUGAAAUAACUUCGUACGGGG